AUGCUGAGGGUUGUGUCAUGGAUUUUCGUGGUAGUUGGGAGGAGUACUGGCCAUUGGCAAGGUGAGUGGCGGGUUUUGGGUCUGGAGUUGGUUUCAGAGACUGAGGAUAAGAAGUCCUACGCGGAUUUGAAAAGAAAGGACAUCAAGUAUUCUGUGGAAGACAAGGUUUUUCUUAAGGUCUCACCAUGGAAGAAGAUUCUGAGAUUUGGUCUUAAGGGUAAGCUGAGUCCUCGAUUUAUUAGGCCGUACCGGAUUCUGGAGCGAGUGGGGCCAGUUGCAUGUCAGUUGGAGCUACCUCUAGAGUUAGAUCGUAUUCAUGACGUAUUCCAUGUAUCGAUGUUGAGACAGUAUCGCUCUGAUCCUACUCACAUUGUGCCUGUGGAGGAGAUUGAGGUUAGACCAGAUCUGACAUUCAAGGAGUAG